GUCAAAAGCUUUGUUAAAGUCAAGAUGUAUCACAUCCACCACUUUCCCAUAUCCACAGAGCCAGUUAUCUCAGCAUAGAAGGCAAUCAGGUUGGUCAGGCAUGACUUGCCCUUGGUGAAUCUAUGCCCCAUUGCCCCCAAUUUCUCCAGGAGUAUCAUGAACCCAGCCACGUUGUCCCCGGGGUUCUUUCAACCCAAAGUUCUUGGUAACUUUUCCUCUGUGCAAGGUGGUGUCAGGGGAGACGCGGCCGAUCGAUGGCUGGCACAAACAGGACAACACAAGAGGGCUUUCACUUAAAGCUAAACUUUACUUAGUCUCAGGCACUUACACAACAGGUUAGUGAAACACCCCCAACCCUCGAUAAUUACCAAAGCUGAGUGUGGCCCUCGAGUGGCACUGUGACUGGCUUCCGCCGGCCAAACUUCUGUCUGGACCCUGAGAUGCGUCCAGAGGGAGUGUCCCUGAAGAAACUCCCCCGAACAAACUUUCCCCCCUUAUUUACACGUUAGUAAUACGAUGACAAACAAACUCAGACUUUCCCCCCUUAUUUACACGUUAGUAAUACGAUGACAUGUCACUUAAAGAACACUUGCUAAGCGAGCAAUUUUUAAAGGUCAGGCAAGAGGUUUCCUUCUGAUCAUUAAUUUAACCAAACGUGUUUUUAGCGUGAACGUGCCUCGAUGCCCUGAUAGAUCCAUUCCUAUUUAUCUAAAAUACACGUAUCAGCGAUUUCCACGUUCGUAGCAGGACCCUGGAACCCGCUCCCCUCCUGCCUUGGUUAAGCGAAGGCCGCUGCGUGGCCGCUCUAUGGGCGGCUGACGAGGCUGCUGUUAGCAGCAAACGUUAGUGAUUCAGGCACUUUACUGGUUUGCCAAGAUCUCCCCGUACAGCCUCUCCGGCGCCCACUACGGGCCGGAACACGAAGUGCGGGAUGAGGCGCCCGGCAGAGCUCAGCGAGGCGCCCGGAGGAACCUGCUGGAGCCCCAAAGAAGGAGAAUCCGUCCGGGCUGCCGGCUGCCAGGAGAGGCACCUGAGGACAAAGGAGAGGUCGGAGAGCGAGUGCUGGGCGCUGGCGUCGGAGCUGGGCCAGCGGAUCGCGGCGCUGGAGGCGGAGAACCGGAACCUGCGGUGCGAGCGGGACCAGCUGGAGAGCCGGACGCGGGGGCUGCGGGAGGAGCUGGAGCGGAGCCGCAGCUCGAUGCUGCACGUCGGCCAGAAGCUGAAGGAGCAGGGGGGCCGGGCCAGGCCGGGCCGGUUCUGCCUGGCCAGCAUCCGGGACAACGGCAAGUGGCUGCGGUUCUACACUGGCUUCGGCAGCGCCCAGCGCCUGGCCGCGUUCCUGGCCUUCCUGACUGAGGGGGAGCCGCGGCGGGGGGCCGAAGCGGGCCCCCCCAGCGCCCUGAGCCCCGAGGACCAGCUCUUCCUGGUGCUGGUGCGGCUGCGGCUGGGGCUGCUCCUGCAGGAUCUGGCCUUUCGCUUCCAGCUCUCCGAGGCCACCGCCUCCCGCUACUGGCUCAGCUGGACCCAGCUCAUGGAGACCCGGCUGGCCCAGGUGAGCCCCCCCGCGGGGCCAGCACCCCCAGAGGGAAAAGGCCCCGUACCUCAUUCCCGGCCCCCGAGCCAGUCAGUCCCUGCCCUGGGACGGGAUGGGAGCUGGCGCCCCCUAGAGGGGAGCAGGGGAAUAGUGGAGGGACUGGUCCACCCCUCACAUGGGGAGGAGGCAUGGCCCCGCCCCCCCAAGGGACAGGGGUUGCCUGGAGGGAUAGGUAGGCCGCCCAAAUGGGGGGGAGGUGUGGUCCCCCCCACCUGGGAAGGGGGUGUGGCCUGGAGGGGCUGGUCCCCACACAUGAGAAUGGGGGUGGCACGGAGGGCCCCCCGCCCCGCAGGGCAGGGCCUGACACUCCCAUCCCCCUCUCCCCAGGUGCCGGUGCGGUGCAGCCCGCGCUACGUGGAGCGCUUCGAGCCGCAGCGGGCGUCCCGGGUCGGGGGCGUCCCGCUGGUGGUGCUGGACUGCGCCCAGCUCUGCUUCGAGGGCCGGGGCCGGCAGCUCUAUGCCCUGCAGGGCUGUGCCCUGGCCGCCCCCAGUGGCUUCCUGGCCUUCUGCUGCAGUGCUGCCCUACCGGGCGGGGAGGGGGGGGGCAGGGCCGGGGCUGCCCCCCUUCCUGCGGGACGGCCCCGUGGCCCUCAGCGCCCAGCAGGGGGAGGCCUGCCUGCAGGUGCUCAGCCUGGCCAGCCUGGCUGACAAGGCCCUGCGCUUCCGCUUCCUGCACGGCGUCCAGCCCCCCACCAUGGAGGGCCAGGUGGGGCGGGCCUGGGCCAUCUGCUGCUACCUGGCCUGCCUGCUACAUGAGCCCAUGGGGCUGGCAUAGGUGAGGAGGUGGGGCUUUGGGGAUUCCCCCCUUCCCCAGUGGCUGGCAGGUGUAGGGCUGGGAUAGGGGCCUGGAUUCUCCCCCCUAACCCAGUGGCUGGUGGGGAGAUCUGGGGGUGCAGCACCUGAGGAGGCUCAUUGGGGAUGGGCAGGGGGUCCUGCUCACAGCUGUAGCUGAUCUGUGUGGCAGCCUGGAUAGAGCAUUUGGCCCCACAGCGCCCCCUCCUGGGGGUGCCUCUGCACAGGAAGGGGGCUAUGGUUGGGGGAGGGACAAAUCCUGCUCCUAGGAGGAAGGAGACUGGUCACAUUUGGCCUCUGUGGUCCUGAGCCCUGGGAGGGGCCAAGCCCCCCAUUGAUUCCAGCCCCUGAAGGCAGGACGAUGGGAUGGUAACUGGGUGCUGGAAGCAGCUGGAGCUGUAUCAUUCCCCCUUCCACACAGGUGAGGGUAAACUGAGGCACAGAAAGACCAUGCUCCGCCAAGGACAGAACCCAGGAGUCCUGGCUCCCAGCCCGCCCCCAACCAGUAGUCCACACUCCCCUCCCAGUCAGGGGGAGGGGGGGCUUGGGGAGAAUGAGAAACUGGGAGCCAGGACUGCUGGGUUCUAGCAUCACCUUUUCUGCCUCAGUUUCCGGCUUUGUUUUCUCCCCCUUCUGCCCAGCUGCUCCUGGCCCCUGUUGUUCUCAAUGCGGGUGGGUUCCUGGAUUAUUUGUAAUCCCCCCCUUUUGGUUGGAAAUAAACCCUUUGUUCCUGGUAA